GGGCUGCUUGUCGCCGGCUGGGCUGCACGGGAGAGGCGCGCGGACGUCCCCCGCCGGCUCUCGUGCCCCAGGGAGCGCAGGGCACAGACGAGCCCAGGCGGGCGGAGCCGCGGCGGUGCACCAGAAGCGCUCGGACAGGAGGAAGGCGGCUUCCGCGAGGGCAGCCGGAGAGACAGAGACGAGAGAAAGAAUACAAGCAGGGGGAGUGGGAGAGGAAGAAGCAGGCUUCCCACUGAGUAGGGAGCCUGAUGCGGGGCUCAAUCCUAGGAUCCUGGGAUCCGGACCUGAGCUGAAGGCAGAUGUUUGAUGACUGAGCCACCCAGAUCUUAAAAAUCAGCAGCAGAACUGUGCUGAGCAACAGACAUCCUAAGAGGGGAUAUCUUUCACCUCUAUAAUGAAGAAAAGCAGGAGUGUCAUGGCAGUGACGGCUGAUGAUAAUGUUAAAGAUUAUUUGGAAUGUAGCUUGAGUAAAUCCUACAGUUCUUCGAGUAACACACUUGGGAUUGACCUCUGGAGAGGGAGAAGGUGUUGCUCAGGAAACUUACAGUUACCACCACUGUCCCAAAGACAGAGUGAGAGAGCGCGGACUCCCGAGGGAGAUAGCAUUUCCAGACCGACCACGCUGCCUUUGACAACACUUCCAAGCAUUGCUAUUACAACUGUAAGCCAGGAGUGCUUUGAUGUGGAAAAUGGCCCUUCCCCAGGACGGAGCCCUCUGGACCCCCAGGCCAGCUCUUCCUCUGGGUUGGUGCUCCAUGCCACCUUUCCCGGGCACAGCCAGCGCAGAGAGUCGUUUCUCUACAGAUCAGACAGCGAUUAUGACUUGUCACCAAAGGCGAUGUCAAGAAACUCUUCACUUCCAAGUGAGCAACAUGGCGAUGACUUGAUUGUAACACCUUUUGCCCAGGUCCUCGCCAGCUUGCGAAGUGUGAGAAACAACUUUACUGUACUGACAAACCUUCAUGGAACAUCCAGCAAGAGGUCCCCAGCUGCUGCUAGUCAGCCACCUGUCUCCAGAGUCAACCCGCAAGAAGAAUCUUAUCAAAAACUAGCGAUGGAGACGCUGGAGGAAUUGGACUGGUGCUUAGACCAGCUGGAGACCAUCCAGACCUACCGCUCUGUCAGUGAGAUGGCUUCGAACAAGUUCAAAAGAAUGCUGAACCGGGAGCUGACACACCUCUCAGAGAUGAGCCGAUCAGGGAACCAGGUUUCUGAAUAUAUUUCAAAUACCUUCUUAGACAAGCAGAAUGAUGUGGAGAUUCCAUCUCCUACCCAGAAGGACCGAGAGAAAAAGAAAAAGCAACAGCUCAUGACCCAGAUAAGCGGCGUGAAAAAACUGAUGCAUAGUUCGAGCUUGAACAAUACAAGCAUCUCACGCUUUGGCGUCAACACGGAAAACGAAGAUCAUCUGGCCAAGGAGCUGGAAGACCUGAACAAAUGGGGCCUUAACAUCUUCAAUGUGGCUGGCUAUUCCCACAACAGGCCCCUCACCUGCAUCAUGUAUGCCAUAUUUCAGGAAAGAGAUCUCCUCAAGACAUUCAAAAUCUCAUCUGAUACAUUUGUAACCUACAUGAUGACUUUAGAAGACCAUUACCAUUCUGAUGUGGCAUAUCAUAACAGCCUACAUGCUGCUGAUGUAGCCCAGUCAACCCAUGUUCUCCUUUCUACGCCAGCAUUAGAUGCUGUCUUCACCGAUUUGGAAAUUCUGGCCGCCAUUUUUGCAGCUGCUAUCCAUGACGUUGAUCACCCUGGAGUCUCCAACCAAUUUCUCAUCAACACGAAUUCAGAACUCGCUUUGAUGUAUAAUGAUGAAUCUGUGUUGGAAAACCAUCACCUUGCUGUGGGUUUCAAACUGCUGCAGGAAGAGCACUGUGACAUCUUCCAGAAUCUCACCAAGAAGCAGCGCCAGACGCUCAGGAAAAUGGUAAUCGACAUGGUGUUAGCAACUGAUAUGUCCAAACAUAUGAGCCUGCUGGCAGACCUGAAGACAAUGGUAGAAACAAAGAAAGUUACAAGUUCUGGGGUUCUUCUCCUGGACAACUACACGGAUCGUAUACAGGUCCUUCGCAACAUGGUACACUGUGCAGACCUGAGCAACCCCACCAAGUCCUUGGAAUUGUAUCGGCAAUGGACAGACCGCAUCAUGGAGGAAUUUUUCCAGCAGGGAGACAAAGAGAGGGAGAGGGGAAUGGAGAUUAGCCCCAUGUGCGACAAGCAUACGGCUUCCGUGGAAAAAUCCCAGGUCGGUUUCAUCGACUACAUCGUACACCCACUGUGGGAGACCUGGGCAGAUCUAGUGCAGCCUGACGCCCAGGACAUUCUGGAUACUUUAGAAGAUAACAGGAACUGGUAUCAGAGCAUGAUACCCCAGAGUCCCUCCCCACCACUGGAUGAGCAGAACAGAGACUGCCAGGGUCUGAUGGAGAAGUUUCAGUUUGAACUGACCCUUGAAGAGGAGGAUUCCGAAGGCCCUGACAAAGAGGGAGAAGGUCAUAAUUAUUUCAGCAGCACAAAGACACUUUGUGUGAUCGACCCUGACCAUAGGGAUUCGCUAGGAGAGACUGAUGGAGACACUGGGGCAGAAGACAAGUCCCCGAUCGACACAUAAUCACCUUCUCCAUGUGGAGAUGAACAUUCCACCUUUGACAAGCAUGCCAGCUGGAUGGUAGGGCCAGCCCAUCGUGGGGGCGUAGGCCUGCACGGGACAAGGGCCACGUGGCCUUUCCAGUUACUUGAGUUUGGAGCCAGAAUGCGAGACCAUGAAGCAAACAGCAGUUCAGAAAAUGCCACGGUUGACUUGCCUUAUAUGCAAGCUUAGUGGAGAACUGAAGCUUUAUCUGGUACUAAAGGCCAAGAUCAGAUCCUGAGUAAAUGGCUUGAAAAUGGAAGACACAAAACUGAGAGAUUUUUCUGCACUACGUUUUGGGAGUCUGUCCCUCUAGUGACUGAACUGACUGAUUAAUAACUUCAUUUAUAAAUCUGCUCACCUGUCCCCUUGUCUGCCAACCUGUGUGCCUUUUUUGUAAAACAUUUUCACGUCUUUAAAAUGCCUGUUGAAUACCUAGAGUUUAGUAUCAACUUCUACACAGAGAAGCGUUCAAAGUUGACAUAAACUUUUUUGACUCUUUCUGGGGGGGAAAAAAGGAAAGAAAACGGUCUUCCUUCUUUCUUGGGCAAUAUCUUUCACUUUACUACAGUUACUUUUGCAAAUAGAAAGGAUAUACUUCUAACCACAUUCUAUUUCCUUCCCCACUGGUCCCAUCCAGCUUCACAGUUGUUCGUGUAACUUCUGUCUGCCCGCUUAGAGCAGUAUAUUUUUCUCCUCUUAGAAUUUCACUUUUUGUGCUGCAAACAGAAUAAAAGUGAACAAACUAAGAGGUAGGAAGGGUUUGUCAUGUCAUUCCCAAUAACAGUCUGUGUAAAAUUCCCCUCAGUGAGGCCGUGCGCCAUGUUGUGUCCCGAAGCCCUGAGCCACUGGGCUCUGAACGGCGCCCCCCAUCCUGUCCCCUCCCCUCCAUUGCUCUCUACCCAGUGACACACCGUUUCCAAUUUGACGCUGCCGUCUUUCUCUUGCACUGCCUUCUGCGCUAACACCUCCAUUUCUGUUUAUAACAGUAUAUUUAUUACUCCAUGUAUAUAAUGUAAUGUUUUGUAAGUUAUUAAUUUAUAUAUCUAACAUUGCCUGCCAAUGGUGGUGUUACAUUUGUGUAGAAAACUCUGCCUAAGAGUUGCGACCUUUCUUGUAACGUUUUGUAUUGUGUAUUAUAUAACCUGAACAUCGCUUAAGAGAGACAUACGACCCCCCUCCCUGGUGAGGACAUCUGUGGGCUUUUAUUCAGAUGGUCGGCUCUUUUCCCUGAGUUGCUCAUACUGCACAACCCCUUUGCGAACCGGUUUUGGAAAUAGGAUUCUCACAUUCGAUACUAAAAUGGUUUAUACUAAGCUUUUACUUUUGUAUAGUUUGAUAGGGGUAGGGGGCAAGGGGAUGUCGUUUUCACCCACGUUCUAUCCAAAUCCGUGUCCACAUGAGUUGGGUCCUAACUGGGUUCUCCUACCGUCGUGGCUUUGGUUUAAACAGCAACACUACAUUCGCUCACAGAUGGUUCUUCUGAGUGUUCCCAAACUACUGACUUUAAAGCUAAAGCCUCCUGCCUGCCCUUAAAGCAGGAAUGUCAUGUUCCAAUUAAUUACAAAAAACAAAAAACCCAACAACAAUAAAACAAUGUGAAUUUUAUAAUAAAAUGUGAACUGAUGUAGUAAAUUAUGCAAAUGUGAAGCUUCUGAUAACACUUGUUAGGCCUCUUAUUGGCUUCAGUCUCCAUCUGUAAAAUAUAUCCCACGCGUUCAGUUCAGCAUUGUAACUCACUAGUUAAAGAAAUGGCACAAAUGUGCAUGACCAAUGGGCUGUAUGUCUAUGAACACUGCAUUGUUUCAGGUGGACAUCUUAUUGUUUUCAAAAGUUUCUCACAAUGUAUGUUAUAGUAUUAUUAUUAUAUAUUGUGCUCAGAUGCAUUCGUAAGAGACUUUUAUAUGAAGUGAAUAAACAAAAGCAUGAUUAGAUUAGA